CAUCUGUCAAUGUCAAAUGUCAACCGGUUACCCUGAAAAGGCUAGCGGCUAGAAGUAGAAGUAGAAAAUAGAAAUUUUCUAUUUUAUAUAUUUCUAGGCUUCAUAUUUACGAAAAAGAAUAAAAUAUUUAGACCAUCACUUAUCCACCAAGAUAUCUCAUUUAUUUUCACUAUUAAAAUUUCCAGAGUACAGCGGUUGUGUUUAAGUGGUUUAAUUUUUAAGCGUUCAAAGAUAUUAUAUUUACCUCAAGAAGAUAAACUACAGCUCAAUUAUUUUAACUUUAUUUAGCAGCAGACUUGCCGAAUUCAAUAGGAUACAUUAUUAAGUAUUGACAUUCAUAAUAUAGGUACCACAGCAAAAAUAUUACUGAAACAAUUUUUAAGGCCCUUGUUUUGGGCAACUUCAAGACCAAUGUCCAAAAGCAGGGAUUUUGCAUCAAAUAUUCAACAAAACGAAGGGUAUAAUGGAGAAAAACUUAUAUAUCCAGCUGCUUCCCGAAAUAAAGAACCAAUAUUACAAGUUCUGAAAAGAUUUAUUCUAUGUGAUGUUGAUCAAAUUGAAGACGAAAGCCCAUUGUUUCUGGAAAUAGCAUCAGGGUCUGGCCAGCAUGUAGCUCACUUUGCUCCCAAUUUUCCAGGUGUCAAAUUCCAACCAAGUGACAUUGAUAUGAAUUUAUUUGGAAGUAUUUCCUAUUAUGCUAAUCACUGCCAUACAAAAAAUAUAUUGCAACCUAUAUUAUUAGAUGUACGGAACAAGUUUUCAAACUAUGGUUUUGAAGAGAGUACAAUCGAUUAUAUGUACAGUGCUAAUUUGAUUCAUAUCAGCCCAUAUGAAUGUACAAUUGGAUUAUUUCAAAAUGCAGGCUCAUAUUUAAAAUCUGAAGCUCUGAUGAUAACUUAUGGACCUUACAGUAAAGAUGGUGUCAUAACACCACAAAGUAACAUUGAUUUUAAUGCAUCUCUUAAGGCUAGAAAUCCAUCAUGGGGAUUGAGAGAUAUAAGUGAUCUUAUAAAGUUGGGAGAAGAUAAUAAUUUAUCACUUAUAGACACUGUAGAGAUGCCUUCAAAUAAUUAUACACUGAUUUGGAAAAAAGAUUAGUAAUAAAAUUGCAUAAAUUAGAAAUUAAAUAACAUAUUUAACCAAAUAGAAAUAUGUAUUUAAAUUACACUGAAAUAAGAAGUAGAGCUAUGUAUUAUACCAGUUUUGUGAUAAACAUUUAAAACUCUUAAGCCCGCAGUACACAAUGGCCCAUGCUGAUCCAUUGCAAUGGCAAUACAAUGGUGUACACGGGGUAAUUGUAUAUUAUGAUGGCGCGCAAUUGUCUUUCGUGGCGCGCAAUUGGGCACACUUAAAGGAAUCGUGGCGUAGUGUGCCCUGUGGUGUUCACACAAUGGGCCAGUGUUUAGUUCGUCACCGACCGCUGACUGCGAUAGUGCACUUUUUUGUUGCUAGAAUUUUAUUUUUAUAUUAAAAUAUAGUAUUUGAUUGCCUAAAAUAUCAGUAUCGUGGAGCAAUGAAGAAAUUUUCAGGUUUAUUGAUUUAUAACAAUCUGAGCGCUGUAUGUCCAUCGCAAGUGGCUUGCCAGGCAACAAUGAGACAUGGGCCAUUGUGUGAACAGCAAUUGAUCUUGGCCUAUAGUUGUGCAUUGUAAAGCGUGGCAUGUCACAGGUCAUUGUGUACUGGGAGCUUUAGCAUUACAUGUAUACCUAUUGCAAUGUAAAAAAAAAUUAAUGGUGCUUUUGCAUAUUUUCAUUUUUAUACAAUUUAUUGUAUUUUCUGUGGGUUCAGAUUUGCUUUGUAACCUACUUAUAUUUUAAUUAAAAAUGUAAACAAG